CUUAAGAAGACGUAAAACUCCUUUGAGAGAAAUCUCAAUCCUUUCUUCAUAAAAACAUAAAACUCUCGUUUGCUCAGUGAGUCUUUUCUUUCUGUCUGAAAAUUGUUGAAUAGUUUUUGUCUUCUCAGCUGUUUCGUCGGAGGAAGCUUCUUCUUCUAGACUUCUUCUUCUUCUUCUUCUUCGUCUUCUCUGAAUUUCUUCGCUCUGUUCAACUUCAAACACCAUGGUUGGAGGAGGAAGUGCUCAGAAGCUAACUACAAACGACGCUCUUGCAUAUCUUAAAGCCGUGAAGGACAAAUUUCAGGAUCAACGUGGAAAAUAUGACGAGUUUCUCGAGGUUAUGAAGAAUUUUAAAUCUCAAAGAGUUGAUACAGCUGGUGUGAUAACUAGGGUAAAAGAACUUUUCAAAGGACACCAAGAGUUGAUUUUGGGGUUUAAUACUUUCUUGCCUAAGGGUUUUGAGAUCACACUUCAACCUGAGGAUGGACAACCUCCACUGAAGAAACGUGUUGAGUUUGAGGAAGCUAUUAGCUUUGUUAACAAGAUUAAGACAAGGUUUCAGGGAGAUGAUCGUGUAUACAAAUCAUUUUUAGACAUUUUAAACAUGUACAGAAGGGAUAGCAAGUCCAUCACUGAGGUCUACCAGGAGGUUGCGAUCCUAUUUCGGGAUCAUUCAGAUCUGCUCGUGGAGUUUACUCACUUUCUACCUGAUACUUCAGCAACGGCCUCUAUUCCAUCUGUUAAAACUUCAGUUCGUGAGAGAGGGGUUUCUCUGGCUGAUAAGAAGGACCGGAUCAUUACUCCACAUCCUGACCAUGACUAUGGUACUGAACAUAUUGACCAGGACCGGGAGAGACCUAUUAAGAAAGAAAAUAAAGAACACAUGAGAGGUACUAACAAAGAAAAUGAGCAUAGGGAUGCCAGAGAUUUCGAACCACAUAGCAAAAAAGAGCAAUUUCUCAACAAGAAGCAGAAACUACAUAUUAGAGGCGAUGAUCCUGCUGAAAUUUCCAAUCAAAGUAAACUUUCUGGAGCGGUUCCUAGUUCAUCUACUUAUGAUGAAAAAGGUGCCAUGAAAAGUUACAGUCAAGAUCUAGCUAUUGUCGAUAGAGUAAAGGAAAAGCUUAACGCCUCAGAGUACCAGGAGUUUUUACGUUGUCUUAAUCUCUUUUCAAAAGAGAUAAUCAGCCGACCAGAACUGCAAUCUUUGGUAGGGAAUUUAAUCGGAGUAUAUCCUGACCUCAUGGAUUCCUUUAUAGAGUUUUUGGUGCAAUGUGAAAAGAAUGAAGGACUGCUCUCUGGUAUUCUGACUAAGAAAUCCUUGUGGAGUGAAGGCAAAUAUCCUCAACCGUCACUGGACAAUGAUAGAGACCAGGAACAUAAGAGAGAUGACGGGCUUAGAGAUAGAGAUCAUGAAAAGGAAAGGCUUGAAAAAGCAGCUGCAAAUCUGAAAUGGGCAAAGCCAAUCAGUGAACUAGAUCUCUCGAACUGUGAACAAUGCACUCCUAGUUAUCGGUUACUUCCAAAGAAUUACCCAAUUUCUAUUGCAAGCCAGAAGACAGAGAUCGGUAAACUGGUUCUUAAUGAUCACUGGGUCUCCGUCACAUCAGGAAGUGAAGAUUAUUCAUUUAGCCACAUGCGUAAGAACCAGUAUGAAGAGAGCCUCUUCAAAUGUGAGGAUGACAGGUUUGAGCUGGACAUGCUAUUAGAGUCUGUAAAUUCAACGACAAAGCAUGUGGAAGAAUUAUUGACAAAAAUUAACAGUAAUGAACUGAAAACCAACAGUCCCAUCCGUGUCGAGGAUCACCUCACAGCUCUAAACUUAAGAUGCAUAGAACGGUUGUAUGGUGAUCACGGGCUCGAUGUGAUGGAUGUGCUGAAGAAGAACGUGUCUCUUGCUUUACCUGUUAUCCUAACACGUUUGAAACAGAAGCAAGAAGAGUGGGCAAGGUGUCGUUCUGAUUUUGACAAAGUCUGGGCUGAGAUAUAUGCUAAGAAUUACUACAAGUCGCUUGAUCAUCGAAGUUUCUACUUCAAACAGCAGGAUUCAAAGAAGCUGAGCAUGAAAGCAUUGUUGGCAGAGAUAAAAGAGAUUACUGAAAAGAAGCGAGAGGAUGAUUCACUUCUUGCAUUUGCAGCCGGAAAUAGACUAUCCAUUUCCCCAGAUUUGGAGUUUGAUUAUCCGGAUCAUGACCUUCAUGAAGAUCUUUACCAGCUGAUCAAAUAUUCGUGUGCAGAAAUGUGCUCUACCGAACAGUUAGAUAAGGUAAUGAAGAUUUGGACAACUUUCGUGGAACAAAUAUUUGGUGUUCCUUCUCGCCCUCAAGGUGCUGAAGACCAAGAAGACGUUGUCAAGUCCAUGAACCAGAAUGUAAAGAGCGGUAGUUCAAGUGCUGGCGAGAGUGAGGGAAGUCCUCACAAUUACGCUAGUGUUGCCGACUCUAGACGCUCAAAGUCAUCUCGAAAAGCUAAUGAACAUAGUCAGUUGGGGCAAACUAGUAAUUCGGAGAGGGAUGGCGCCGCUGGUAGGACAUCAGAUGCCUUAUGUGAGACUGCUCAGCAUGAGAAAAUGCUGAAGAAUGUAGUUACGUCUGAUGAAAAGCCUGAAAGCAAGCAAGCUGUUUCUAUUGAGCGUGCACACGAUUCAACUGCUCUCGCUGUGGAUGGAUUAUUAGAUCAAAGUAAUGGAGGAAGCAGUAUAGUACACAUGACCGGACAUUGCAAUAAUAAUCUGAAGCCUGUGACCUGUGGAACAGAGUUGGAGUUGAAAAUGAAUGAUGGUAAUGGGCCAAAAUUAGAGGUUGGUAACAAGAAGUUAUUGACAAAUGGGAUCGCGGUAGAAAUAACAAGUGACCAAGAGAUGGCAGGAACAUCCAAAGUUGAAAGAGAAGAAGGUGAACUUUCUCCAAAUGGAGACUUUGAGGAAGAUAAUUUUGCAGUUUAUGCAAAAACUGAUUUUGAGACCUUCAGCAAAGCGAAUGAUAGUACUGGAAAUAACAUUAGCGGAGAUAGAAGUAGAGAAGGGGAACCAUCUUGUCUGGAGACAAGGGCUGAGAAUGACGCUGAAGGUGACGAAAACGCCGCAAGAUCAUCAGAGGACAGCAGAAAUGAAUAUGAGAACGGUGAUGUUUCUGGAACGGAAUCUGGUGGUGGUGAAGAUCCGGAGGAUGAUUUGGAUAACAAUAACAAAGGAGAAAGCGAAGGUGAGGCUGAAUGUAUGGCUGAUGCACAUGAUGCUGAAGAAAAUGGGUCUGCCUUACCCGUUUCAGCACGAUUCUUGCUGCAUGUAAAGCCCUUAGUAAAGUAUGUUCCUUCAGCUAUAGCUUUGCAUGACAAGGACAAAGACUCUCUGAAGAACUCCCAAGUUUUCUAUGGAAAUGAUUCGUUUUACGUGCUUUUCAGGCUGCACCGGAUAUUGUAUGAGAGAAUACUAUCAGCAAAAGUUAACUCAUCAUCCCCGGAAGGAAAGUGGAGGACCUCAAAUACCAAAAAUCCUACUGAUUCCUAUGCUAGAUUCAUGACUGCACUCUACAACUUACUUGAUGGUACAUCUGAUAAUGCCAAGUUUGAAGAUGACUGCCGAGCGAUAAUCGGGACUCAGUCUUAUAUUCUCUUCACAUUGGACAAACUGAUCCAUAAAUUCAUCAAGCAUCUACAAGUAGUAGUAGCUGAUGAGAUGGACAACAAGCUUCUUCAGCUUUAUUUUUAUGAGAAAUCCAGAAGGCCUGAAACGAUUUUUGAUGCUGUGUAUUACGAUAAUACCCGUGUCCUCCUCCCUGAUGAGAAUAUUUACCGUAUUGAAUGUAGAUUAUCAACCCCAGCGAAACUCUCUAUUCAGCUUAUGUGCAACGGUCUUGAUAAGCCCGAUGUGACAUCUGUAUCCAUUGACCCGACCUUUGCAGCUUAUCUCCACAAUGACUUCCUCUCCAUACAACCAAAUGCAAGGGAGGAUCGCAGAAUCUAUUUAAAUAGGAACAAGCGCAAAGUUUGUCGUGAAGAUGAACAGUUAUACAGCACAGAUGAAGUUAAGAUCAAAAAUGGUUUGGAGUGUAAGAUAGCUUGCGGUUCUUCAAAGGUCUCCUAUGUACUAGAAACAGAAGAUUUGUUGGUGCGAGUUAAAAAGAGAAGAAAAACUUUGUGCCACAAUCAGGAUUCUUGGGUAAGGCAAAUGAGGUUACAAUAUUACAAAAAUAACUUCUUGUGACCAGCCUGUAACAAUCUGGAAGAAGGAUACCAAAUCAACUCAACUUGUUCAUUCACUCUCCAACUUAACAGAGACAAAACAAAAACAAAAGUGGCAAUUCUCCAUUGUUGACUUCACCGGAUAGAGCCAAACUGCAUUCUCUAUCUUCAUAAGAAGAAGAAGCAACAAAGGAUUUGGCUUUUUGUUGUCUGUGACUGAAAAAGAAAACAAUCACUCACAAAAAUGAUGUUACAUAUGUAAAGUUUGUCUUUAUUCACUCUCUUGUUGUAAAGUUUUGUAUGUUGUUGUAACAUUUAUCAAAAAUUUCAUUUUGUUAUGGUAUGUUAUAUAGAAAUGAGUCAAAUGACC